UGCUCUAAACUCAAUCAUAACCAUAAAACCUAAUUUCAUAUCCUUAAAGUCAGAUCAUCCAACGACUAUAAAGCUUCCACCUCGUCAGAAUCUAGUACAAGCACACAGCACCGUAAUUUCUCCAGACCAUGGAGGUACUAAUAACAGCAGCUUGAUCUCUCACUAUUAAAGCCUUCUCUUUUUAAUUUUUCACUUUGUCUUGUUCCCAACAACAAGAUCUCAACAAGCAGAUCUAAAUAUCACUAAAUCCCGAACUGACAGACACACCCAUUUUCUCUCUCUAAGAUCGUUUAUCUGUCUCUCUCUAGAACCCUGAAGAGCAAUGAUGUUAAAACUUUACAGUUCAAUGUCUGUUAUAUCUACUCUUACAUGUUGUGUAUGGUUCUUUAUAAGCUGUGUCGUUGAAGGGUCAGUUCAUGAGUAUAAAGGUGACAGAUUUGUAGCUAAAGGCAAUGCCUUUGUUGUUCAUGGAGGCAAUGAAGGGAUUUACUCUUCUACUAACAGUGGAGAUUUCAAUGAAAGUAAUGCUAUCCCUGCUAGUGGUGACUCUUAUAUACGUUUUGAAAAGAUUAAGUUCCGGAGAACUGAGGACUUUGCUAACUUUACCUCGGGGUUGGUACAAGUUAUUGUUUUUGAAGUAGAAGACAGAGAGACAAUUGGAGGUUCAGCUUAUGGCGGUCAAAGAGCUAUCUGCUGCACAGCUGAUCUUGCUAAAUUGGGUGUGUGCUCACAAGGAGAAAUCAUUCAUCGCCCUUCAACAAAGGAUCCUAGCUGGCCCCAUGUCUUUGGUGUUUCAUUCAAUGAAAAUGAGUUGAUGGCGACGUUGCCAUCAAGAUCGUUAGAGAUCACUAGAACAGGGAUGUAUAAUUUGUAUUUCAUGCAUUGUGAUCCCAAUCUCAAAGAAGUAUUUGUAGAGGGAAAAACUAUAUGGAAAAAUCCAGCUGGCUAUUUACCUGGUCGAAUGGCACCACUAAUGAAAUUUUAUGGUUUCAUGUCCCUUGCUUUUGUUUUACUUGGAGUGUUCUGGUUCUAUCAAUAUGCAAGAUAUUGGAAAGAAGUGUUCCCAUUGUUGAAUUGCAUAACGGUGGUGAUAACACUAGGCAUGUUUGAGAUGGCUCUCUGGUAUUUCGACUAUGCUGAGUUCAAUGAAACUGGAGUUAGGCCAACUGGCAUUACUAUCUGGGCAGUCACUUUUGGUGCUGUUAAACGUACAGUUGCACGUCUCAUAAUUCUCAUGGUCUCAAUGGGGUACGGUGUUGUGAGACCUACUCUAGGUGGCCUCACAUCAAAGGUGAUCAUGCUUGGAGUGACCUUUUUCCUGGCCUCUGAAGUUCUUGAAUUAGUAGAGAAUGUAGGUGCUGUCAGUGACCUUUCUGGGAAGGCAAGACUAUUUUUGGUGCUUCCUGUGGCUAUCUUGGAUGCUUUCUUCAUUCUUUGGAUAUUCAAGUCCCUUUCCGCCACUUUGAACAAGCUUCAGGCUAGGAGGAUGUUAGUCAAGCUGGAUAUAUACCGGAAAUUCACGAAUGCUUUGGCAGUAGCAGUUAUUGUGUCUGUCGGUUGGAUAUGCUAUGAGUUCUAUUUCAAAUCAAAGGACAUUUACAAUGAGCACUGGCAGAAUGCCUGGGUCAUCCCAGCCUUCUGGCAAGUCCUUUCCUUUUCUCUUCUAUGUAUAAUUUGUGCUCUUUGGGCUCCCUCUCAGAACUCAAUGCGGUACGCUUACUCUGAUGAUGUGGGAGAAGAGUUUGACAGAGAUGAUAGUUCUUUGACACUCAUUAAACCAUCUGCAAUGCCUUCAAAGGACAUUCGAAGUGCAUCAGAGGCUAGACCAGUACAAGCAAACAAUAGUGCAUCUAAUGGUGAUCUGGAAGAAGACAAGACAGAGUAAAGUAUAUCAUAGACAAUGCAAGAUUUCAAGAUAGGCUUUAAUUAUUUGAUUUACAGCCUUGUCAUUGUUGUAGCAAUCCUUCUCAGGCUCCCUGAAUCUACAUUGAAAGUUCUAUAGGAGCAUAGUUAAUGGCUAGGAAAUGUCCACUUCAGAAUUGCAAUAGGAGAGAGCUCAUCUUUAGUUUGGUUUUUGGUCAUGUUAUUUUCUUGUAAUUGGUCAUAAAUGAUACAGGAACACUAAAUUUUUGUUAUUUUCCUUCUGCCCUCA